AUGUUGGCUACUGUCAUGUUCUUGUCGUGGUGGCUGCAAUCUAAACUAUGCUUGCGUCUUUCUUGUGGCAAUGGUGGCUGUGCUCUGAUGAUCCUCAACACUGGAAUCGCACUAGGAGAGGGGCAUGUGGCUAACAGCAGAAAUGCGCAACCGGUCGACCACGGCACGUCGAACAUCACAGUCACGGACGAGACUGGCCUGACAGUGACGCUGACGACGACGAUCGGGCAAAUUUGGGCUAGCCGCAUCAUUGUGCCAGGCUACAACAUCGUGCUGAACGAUUCCCUCGACGACUUCAGCAUCCCUGGUCGUCCGAACGGCUUCGGGUACGCUCCGUCGCCUGCGAACUAUGUCCAGGCGGGAAAACGCCCUCAGUCCUCGUCCUGCCCUUACAUUCUGGAGCGUGCUUCCCCAGACUCGCUGUCCCCCGAGGUACCUGCGGGACCUGAUCUCAUGGCCGGCGGCGCGGCGGGCGGCUCGACGAUCAUCAGCUGCAACGUGCAGGUCAUCAGGAACAUGGUCGACUACGGCAUGCCGCCAGGCGAGGCACUGUCCUUCCGCCGCCUGCACAAUCAGCUGCUCCCCAACCUCACUACGUUUGAACAGGACACAGACCGUGGUGCACCCGUCCAGGGCUGGAAGAAGGAGGACGCGAUGGCCCUUGAGAAACGUGGGCACAAAGUCGAGUGGAUCCCCAGUGAGUAUCAUGUUCGGCCUCUUCAUUCACAUCCGCUAUUGAGCAGCCUGCCCGUGAGCGUCACUGUCUAG